AUGCCAGGCCGAGCUAUGGCGAGCAUCGAUGUCUCGCUGGGUGCGAUAGACUUGUUCUCGACAGCCUCGGACCUCCAGCUACAUCUUGAAAGCCAUGCCCGUAUUGCUUCCUCCGCUGACGAGGCGGACGGUAUACUGGACCGACUGACGGACACAGCACUGACAUGCCCACCCAAAGACCUUUGGAUCACUCGUGGGAACGACUUCAGACUGACAAUUCGCAUCAAUGUCGACCUCGAAAGCCUUGGCCGAGAUCAACUGACACGAGCGUUUGCCCACGAUCUAUACCACGAAAAGCUCUUUGAAGCAUUGCAACUCGAGAUUGUGUCAAUGGAGGUCGCCUGCCAUGAAGAUGUGAAUGUGAGUGUCAUAACCCUCAAUCUCGCUCGUGCAAGCGUCAGUCUGAGCUCGCCAAUGCACAAGCUUGCAGAAGGCGUGCCUUUUGAUGAUGUCCAUCCGCCUAUUGGAAUUCAUGAGCUGGAAAUGGUUUCUGUGCAGCUUCAUAUACACGUCAAGUCUGAGCUCCGGACAAAUCUCUGGAUCGUCGACACCCGGACGGACAAUAACAGCCACAGGCCAGACGACACUUCGAAUCCGAGGAGAGAUCACGCAAGCUCCAUCGAAUCUGCAGGCUCUGAAGCCGAAGACGAGGACAUGCUGUUUGGAGCCACCGACUGCAACGACGACAUGCUUGCCGGAGCAGAUGAUGGAAACACGAAGGUGAUGCAGCAGCCUAACCGACCAGACGAUUCUUCUCUCAAGCGUGCGGCGAGCGUUGCAAAGCCACUUUCAGCGAUGGACCCACCCAAGCAAUUGAUGCUCGAACUCCUCGACGCUGGCCUGCGACAGUCGAUAGCUGGCUCUCCCAAGCGUGCUUCGAAACGUAUCGCAGUGAGCGGAAUCGAGUCGUUCCAGCCCUUAGCUGACAUCGCACCAGCUCUCUGGUCACCGAGCUACCAGCUCGCAAUCUCACAACGAGCGAUAUUGACCCCAACGAUCACUCACGCUCUAGUCAAGGUCGGCUGUACAUCGGCACGUCGCGAAAGCCUGCGGGUGAAGUUGGGAGAGCUCAGCCGUCGAUCGGAGCUGCUUGACAGUCGUUGCAGUGGUUCUGGAGCAAGGGACGUGCAGAGUGUUCAAGGGUCGAUCAGCAGGAUCUUGUGGCAAGCAUCGCAGACGUCUUUGCUUGAUCCAGAUUCUGCAGCGAAGUUGACAUCAAGUACAGCAAGUCGAAGAGCUGGAAAACAUGACAAGCGGGAUAUUGCUGUCAGUGCACUCGAUGCUAUGUCAACUCGAACCAUACUCGAUAACGGAGGUACUGAGCAUGAGUCAGAGUUUCCGAGCCAUGGUUCUCAAGCCACGGCGCGGCAAAGGCGGAGGACAUCUUCCGGCUCCGGAGUAUAUCGGCCUGUCGAGAGUACCUCGGAACAUACAGGGCCAGUCUAUCGAGGCGUAGCGUUCAAUAACUUCACCAACACAAUGCCCCCGAACAGCGAUUCUGGCGUUGAAGAUGAUAUGCUUCUCAUCUACGACAGCCUUGCUCCCGCCACAGGAUCUGCCGAAAGACACUCGGCCGGAGCCGAACUGCACGAGAUGGAGCAAGAGUGGGGGGUUGGCCGCGCUACCUUGGAGCCCGACCGGACAGGAGAUGAAGAAAUGCUUUUCGAUGAUCUCUGCUCUUCGUGA